AUGUACAGAAGAAAAAGGAAGAGUUGGAUUAAUAAGGAAGUAACAAAAGGACGUAUCUUCCAUUUCCAAAUUGAAUUCAAACCUAGAAAACUUGUAUAUGAUUCUGGUUUCCCUCCAUCCUUCUCCAUUGGCGGCAAACUUUGCAAACAGAGGAUUCACUGCCUAUCCCCUGCAUCUCUAACAGCGAAAAAGCAAACUACUGAAAAAGAACCUUCAGUUUCGGAUUUUUAUUUUCGCACACAUCGCAAGGAAAAAGAUAAAAGUUGGGUAAAUAAGAAAGCUGAAGCUGCUUUUAAUAAAUUUGAAAAAAAGAAAGAAGAAUUAUUAUCUACUCAAAGUGCAUCAGUUGAUGGAGACACUAAUUCAGCUAGCCAACUAUCUCCAUUAAGUGACAUGGAUAUUUGGGCGCUAUCAGUUGGUGGAAAGAAAAAAGGAAGAGUUGCAGGUCUUGGCUCCUUGGGUCGAUCUGUAAAAGUUCCUAGGCAAUCAACAUCUGCAGCGCCGGACGAAGUUGAUGAGAUUAGAUCUCAAGUUCAUACUUUAAAUUCCGAGCUAUAUAAUCGAUUGGAAGAAACUCAAUGUGAAAAUGAAGAGAUGAGAUGCCAAAACAAGAAGAUGAAGAAAGAGUUAGGUGACACAAAUAAGAAACUAGAAGCAUUGAUGAAGCAUAUGCGUUUCUCGGAAUCAUCUUCAAAUGCACAACCAUCAUCUUCGGAGGACAAUCAAGAUUCUGAGAGUGCUAAUGAUGAUAAUGUUGAUUCUGAUAAGUCCGAUAGGGAUGAGUACCACUACGAUCAGAAUUGAGAUAUUUGAUAGUAAUAUUAUUUAGCAUUAUAUUUUUUUUUUUUUUUUUUUUUUUUUUUUUUUUUUUGGGAUUUUAAUGCAACAACUUCAAAUGCACUCUCUCGUUGAUGACAGUUGCAAUGACUUCUAUAUUUUGAAUGAAAAUGACUAUGAUCAGAAUAACAAUUUUUAUGA